UUAGUGUGAUACGGCUAACGAUAAACUGUGAGUGAGGACAGCACCGGCACGUUUUGUUUUGAGUUCAGCCUGACAAUUACUAUGCAUCAUCCAGUACAGUUUUUGCUCAAUACGUGAAUACAUGUGCCGUGUAUUGUUAACGUUGUACGAGAGUUUGCUAAAGUUUAAAUUUUUGACGUGACUGCUAUUAAAACUCGGACACGAUGUAAGGGAAUUGUUGACGGCAAUGGAUUCGUAUGAAGAGGACUUAUUAACAUAAGGGAUUUCAACAAGGUGAAACAAUGCCAGCGAAUCAUAAAGAAGGUCGAAAUCACCUAACCACGAUGGUAGAACUCCCUUCGGUGAUCGGGGAAGAGACCACGGUUGCUGAAACAGGUAAUUGCUGUGAGGAGGCGCGUGAUGGUGAGAGCGACGAAGCUAAGCCACAGAAUGAUCACUUGCCAAAACCAACUGCGGGGCCGACUGAUACUACUGUAUGUACACUACCAGAAGAACAGUUGCGAGUGAGUGACGAUGACGGCUCUACGAACAGCGCUAGAAAUAGUAUCGAUCCAUUUCGUGCUGAAAGUGAUCCAGUGGCGACGGAGAACAUGCUGAGAACUUGUCUUUACUAUAAAGGAAUCUACUGGCCAUCAAUAACAAAUAGUUUUAAAGACGAAACAGUGGAGUUGUCGUAUCAAAGGUAUUCAAGACGACAAAGGCAGAAGUCACUCAUAAUGGUCAACGUUGUAGACUUAGCAUUGAAGAUUUGUUUAGCUCUCAUUUACACAUUAUCAAAUCGAAAUAAACUAGAAGAUGCUACUGAUGCGUACAAAAUAGCGUGGACCGCUGCCUUCUCAUUGCUCAACAUCUCAAUUUGUCUUCUUGGAGCGUGGCGAUGCUUUGCCAAUAAUUACUUGCAUUGGGCCGCUGCUGCCACCUGGAUACUACUCAUUGCUCAAGGUUUAAGCGGACAAGGCAUAGGCUUUCAAGCACCAGAAAACCAAGUAUGGUAUAUGCUAUUCAUUAUUUUCAUUCCCUACGCGAUGUUGCCGCUAUCUCUAGGCUGGUGCAUUGUUAUUGGUUUGCUCUCAUCGAUCUCACACGUAUUGGCUACUGCAAUGGAUGUUAAGGAUAUUAUGGAUAACAAUCCAAACGCUGCUAAAUCAUGUGCUAUGCGAUUGUUGAUUGCUAAUGCGUUGUUGUAUGGAGCGGUGAACUUCGCGGGGAUGUAUGCCAAGUAUUUGGCAGACUGGGGUCAAAGAAAAGCAUUUCUGGAGACUCGCCGAUCAAUGGUAACCAGGCAACGAACCCAAAGAGAGAGUGAUCGGCAGUGGAAAUUAUUUCAGAGUGUUAUACCAGAUUUUUUAGCCAAAGAAAUAUCUAGUCAUGUAUCGAAGGUGAAAGGGGAGUUUCAGGAACAACAGUUUAACAAUUUAUAUAUACAAAGACACGAGAAUGUGUCCAUUUUGUACGCUGAUAUUAAAGGAUUUACCGAAUUAUCCAGCAAAUGCAGCGCGCAAGAACUAGUCAAGUUGCUCAAUGAACUAUUUGCAAGAUUCGACAGGUUAGCUUCGGAGAACCAUUGUCUUCGGAUCAAGCUAUUAGGCGACUGCUACUUCUGUGUGAGUGGUUUGCCAGAGAAGCGGAGCAACCACGCCUACUGCUGCGUCAAUAUGGGCCUGCAUAUGAUACGAGCCAUACGGGAUGUACGAUAUAAUGCACAGGUGGACUUAGACAUGAGAAUCGGCAUUCACAGUGGUACUGUGUUGUGUGGCGUGUUGGGCCUUCUAAAAUGGCAGUUUGAUUUGUGGUCACAUGAUGUCACACUCGCCAACCAUAUGGAGAGCGGGGGACUGCCUGGUCGAGUCCAUAUAUCAGCAGCAACACUAGAAUGUUUGAACGGUGCGUUCGAAGUUGAAAGUGGCGACGGCCAGGCUCGUAAUCCAUAUCUAAGAGAGCUGAACAUCGAAACGUACUUAAUUAAAAGCACAGAAAGACCUCGACCAACUAGGAAUAGAUCUCGGGUACUUCCAAACCCACAUCAAGCAAACGGUCAACCAACAAGAAGGACAAGUGGCAGCGUCGACGAAGAGUUGACUACUGAUUGGACACCGGAAAUGCCUUUUCAGAGUUAUUUUAACAACAGCACGGGUAUAUUACGUCGUUGCCAAAAUAGAAACAGUGAUUUGCAAGAACUUGAUAUGGCGUCUAUGACAGAGGAAGAUGACAUAAUAAAUCACUCGAUAGAAGUGAGUAGUAACCGUAAAAUGCGGAUAGAGCACAUGCGACCAUGGUCUCUACACUUCCGGGAGGCUUCGUUGGACGAUCAGUUCGGACAAUUGGACGAGACAACAUUCAAAUCAAAUGUCAUGUGCUGUCUCGUUCUCUGGCUGUUUAUACUAUGUGUGCAGUUUAUCAUGCAUUAUAAUUGUAUUUGGUUGGUAGUGGUCCUACUGGUGAUGACUAUACCUUUGGUGAUGUCAUUUGUGCUCGUGAUGGCCGAGGAGUUCCCGAACUACCUCCCGCGACUCACCAAGAUGUCUGCGGCACUUAGUGGAAAUCGCGUGCGCAGGAAUGUGCAUAUCUGCUGCUUCGUCACUAUUAUGUCUAUAUCCAGCACCACGAAACUCUACAUCUGCCCAGCAUCAUUUCCCACCAACAACUUCACAGCUAACAUAACAGAUGACGAAGUCAAAGCCGGCGAAUGCUAUCGACCAGAGUACGUGGUGUUCACCUGGAUCCUGUGCCUUGUUGCUCUCACGUCCAUACUAAAGCUGUAUUACCUGAUCAAGACCUGCCUGGCGAUCAUCAAUGUUGCCAUGUACUCCGUUCUACUAUUUAUCUACUAUAACGUCUACUAUUUCGACAGCUUAAACACGAAUACGCAACUCCCAUUCUACGUCCAGAUGAUGAUCCUAAUGGUAAUGUUCCUGGUGAUCGUGGUGUACCACGCGCGAUUGGUGGAAGUAACAUCACGGCUGGACUUUCUCUGGAAGCUGCAAGCAGAGCAUGACCUCAAGGAGAUGAAGGAGACGCAAAGGAUGAACCGGCACCUCUUGAAGCAUAUAUUGCCUGAUCACGUGGUGAACCAUUUCCUAAGCAAAGACCGGUGCCCUGAUGAGUUGUACUCACAAUGGCGGGACGAAGUAGGCGUGAUGUUUGCGGGUAUUCCCAACUUCCACGAAUUCUACUCGGAGCAAAAGGCCGUGGACUGCAUGCGACUACUCAACGAGAUUAUUUUUGACUUUGACAAACUGCUGAUGCAACCACGUUUCAAAAGCAUUGAGAAGAUAAAAACAAUUGGUGCUACAUACAUGGCUGCUUCGGGCUUAAAUCCCGAUCAUAAGAAAGGAGAUGAUGAUUGCGAACAUCUUUGUGCUUUAGUGGAUUAUGCCUUCGCUCUUCGCGAUGCGUUGGAAGAGAUCAACAAACACAGCUUCAAUAAGUUCCGCCUUCGAGUUGGUAUCAGUUGCGGGCCAUUAGUGGGCGGAGUGAUUGGUGCUCGUAAGCCCGUGUAUGACAUAUGGGGCAACACGGUGAACGAAGCCUCGCGUAUGGAGUCCACUGGAGCCAUGGAUCGCAUACAAGUCACCAAAUACACUAAACAAAUGUUAGAGCGUCGCGGGUACGGCGUGGAGCUCCGCGGGGCCGUGGCGGUGAAGGGCAAGGGACACAUGGAGACGUGGUGGGUGAGCAGCUGCCGCGGGAGGGGCGCGGUGCCACCCCCGCACCCACCCGCGCCACGCUCCCUCGCGGCCCUUGUCUACACCAUGCUGCAGGCCAGGCGAAGGAUCUAUACGCACCCUUUGGAUGUGGCCACAACCAGUGACAGCAUUCUACGUCGACGCACGGCACGGGCAAGCCGCCCAACUAACUUAAGGCGCGCGCACACACGACAUGAACAGAGCACCACCAACGGUCUUGACGUGGAGUUGGGGAUCCGGCCGCACUCCAGCAGCAUGGUGUCUCGAAGACCCCACAUGGCUCCCCCCGUGUUGGCCAGCCUCUCUGCCCCACACACUCCCACAGUACCCCACGACUCCCCGGAAGCUAUCCCCACCAAACUCGGUAUCGGAGCUCGUUUAAAAGCCGCCAGCUUCUCCUACAAAACCAGGCCUAGCCUUCGGUCUUCGAAGAUUGUGGAAGAUAAGGAAGGUUCUGGAAACUCCAUAUCGAAUGGGGCACCGGGCUCCUUCCGCUUCCGUUCCGUGACGACUGGCUCCUUCUUCAGAAGCAGGAAGGAGAAGAGGAGAGAAGUCAGCGAAGAGAGGGAGGUCACAACUCGAAUGUGAAGGUAGGAUUUAUUACUCGUAGAACUUGUCUUUGAUGUUCGUACACAUUAAUAAAAAAGUUAUUUAAGUCAAAUUGAUAACCACCUCUUUCUUUUUUGAAGUCGGUUAAAAAUUUUAACAUAUGAAAGCAUAAUUACCUUAGUGGACGAUCCGUGUGUCUUGUUGAUACUAUACGUUUAUAUUCGUUAAAGAGAAUAUCUUAAAUGUUUUAGGAUUAAGGUGUAUCGUUCCUUGCUCAGAAAAUCUGUGUCGAUCAUUUUGACAUAAUACUAACGUAAAAUAUCUGCGUCAAAUAUUUGUAUGAAAAUGUACGUAUGCCAAUAUUGGCACGAUUUACUAUACCUUUAAAUUCCUUUUAUAUAAAAAUAUGAAAAACUUAUUUGCUCUAAUAAUCAUGGUAUGUUAUAAGAUUUUUCAUACGAAUAAUUGAUAAAUAUUAAUAUGAGUAAAUAGUUCAUGUAAAAUUAUCGAGCUGCUUAUUUAUGUGUUUAAAUGAAUGAUUUGAAUGUUAAGGGCGCAGGCUUUAAGUAUAUUAAUUAUAUAGUUAUUUGUUACAUCCGAGUUCUAUGUUCAACCAGUCGUAAUUACAACGUGUCGUUGAUUUAAGAAAAUCUUCGGCACGUAGCAAUUAGUGAUAUUUUGGAUAGAGGACCGGUGAUCAGUGCCAUUAUUUUGAAAUGAUCAUACUUUAACAUAUUCAAAGUCGCACAAAUACACUAGAAAGCACAAAAAAUUUGUUGCUUCCAUUUAAUUAUUCAUUCGUGUCAUUAGAUUUUAAUUAGUGAUAAAUACGUGACAAAGAUAAUCUAGCAAAAGUAGAAAUGCCAAAGUUUAUAUUUAAUUUAGUUUUAUAAGAUUUAAAGGGGAUGUCAAACGCUAAGUCUUCCAAAGGAAGAGAUAGUCAAGUAUUUACUGUGUAUUAUUUAUUACGUUAGUGUUAAAAUGUGCAAUGUGUAAUUGAGUUGUUGAAAUAAUGUGUGUUUGGGACCAAACGACAUUUGAUUUUCUAAGUUUUAUAAACCAUGAACGUAAGAAUGGAUAUCAAAUAUAUCUCAUCCACCAAACAAUAUAUAGUUCUGACAUUAAGGAAAUACUUACUAAUUUUUAUUAACUAAAUGUAUAUAAAAUUAGUCAUUUAUAUUUUAUUAAUUAUGUACUUAUUUUAAAAUCUGCAAUUCCAUUGUACCAAAUAAAAUGAUCUCUUAUCUGUAUAUAUUACUGAGAUCUGAUAUACGUAAUGUGUAGUCAAUGUUUUAUAGAUUUUUGUAUUGAUGUUAGAUUUUAACAAUUAAACUAUGAAGCCAAAUAUUUAAUUAAUAAUUGUCGAAAUGUAUCCACCUAAA